GCUGAAGCUCUGGGUCUUCCAGAACCAGCCAAGGUGCCGUACUCCAGGUUUCAGAUGUAUCCAGAGCAUCUGUACGUCACCGGCCUGCCGGAAGGAAUCUCCAUCCGAAGGCCCAACUGCUUCGGAGCGGCUAAGCUGCGCAAGAUCCUGGCUGCCAGCGCUCACAUCCAGUUCGUUAUCAAAAGGCCGGAGCUUUUAGCUGAACAAGUUAAACAAGAGAUGCCUUUGAUGUCCGUAUGUGAAGCAGAGCCGGACGCCAAUGAUGCAACACCAGCAGAGGACGCAGCAGCUCUGUCCAAGAGACCCGGAUUCUCAGAGUGCAUGGAGUCCAAGCUGUCCAGGAUCGACCUGGCCAACACGCUGCGGGAGCAGGUCCAGGAUCUCUUCAACAGGAAGUACGGGGAGGCGUUGGGCAUCAAGUACCCCGUCCAAGUGCCUUACAAGAGGAUCAAGAACAACCCGGACUCCGUCAUCAUCGAAGGCCUCCCCCCCGGCAUCCCCUUCAGGAAGCCCUGCACAUUCGGCUCCCAGAACCUGGAGAGGAUCCUGGCCGUCGCUGAUAAAAUCAGCUUCACCAUCACCAGGUUAGACCAGGGGGGGUUUACCAUUAGUUGUUUCUAUUUCUAUUGCCAGCUGUAUUUACAGGCCAGUUUAGGUCUAAAACCAGUGAUGUUACCUGAAAUAUUGAAAACGAUUAUUCUGAGCCUCUUAUUGUGUGAUCCAGGUGAGGCCCUGGGCUCCGACCGCUCCGUGGUUGUCCCCUACAAGCUGAUCCGUGGCAGUCCCGAGUCUGUAGAAGUCAGCGGCCUUCCGGACGACGUCCCCCUCCGAAACCCCAACACCUACGACAUCGUGUGUUUGGAGAAAAUCCUUCAAGCUGCGGAUAAAAUAACGUUCAACGUGAAGAGCCAGCUGCAACCUUUUGCAGAAAUCUGCAGCCAGGCUUGUAACACAGUAGGAACAGACGCCUCGACUAACCGACGGAAACGCAAGAGAGUCCAUGAGAGCAGCCGCAUACCCGCUUCCUCUGACCUGGGGAUAUCAGCCAAUCAGAUUCCAGUUAUGCAGUGGCCCAUGUACAUGGUGGACUACAGUGGAGUUAACGUCCAGGUUCCCGGGAAGGUGAAUUACUGAAGGACAAACUGCAGCAAAGAGAUUUAAGGAGGCAUCGGUUUCUCUUCCAUUAAGGACACUAAACCGUUUCCAGAGGAACAAGUCAUGCCAAUCUCUGCAGAACCAUUUUAUAAAAGCUGCAGGUUCGACUCCGAAGGAGAGGAAGCCCAGAAUGUAUGUGUGUCAGAAAGCGUGGCUUGUUUUGCUUUUUAAGGAAAAAAAAAAAAGACUUAUUUAACUUUUUAAAGCUGGAAACAUCACUAACAUCAUGUUAUUUCCUUUUUUCAGUUACAAAGUGUCCGUCUACUGAGUCACCAUUUUAAGUUGAGCAUUUGGCUGCAGAAAUGAUCUAGUUCUGUUCAACUAUUUGUACUUUUUUAUUUAUUAUAUUUAUUCAAAUAUAACAUUUUGUGCAGGGAUGUAAAAUAUAUUAUUCUGUCAUACUUUGAGGAACUCAUUACACUAACUCAGAUUAAUAUAGGUAGCUGCUAAUCUUCAGACUGAAACAGCAGCUUUUAAGUGUCUUAAGUUGUUUUGUUCAUCAUGAGAUAAAAAAAGAAAAAAAAAGGACUAAAGGUUUGGUCAGCAGGAAGUACUUUAACUGUUAACAUUAACGUGUAAAAUAUGUCAUUUUAAGUCAGCCUGAAUGUAUCUUGUAAAGAAAAGAAUGGUAUGUAACUCUGCGAUGACCGUCUGGACUAAUUAUAUUUAAUAUGCUGUACCUUAACGCCAGUUAGGCCUUUCAAAUAAAAUGUGUUGCCUUGCACUUUCAAUCUGCUGCCAUUU